AUGUUUUACAUUAUGUAUCUGACAGGUCUUUGUCAAAGGAGGCACUGGCCCGACCCUCUUUUCCAAACAUAUCGAUCCGGCUAUGGCUACGGAUGCACAGUUCGUGUCAACAACCGAGAGUACUCGACAGACGUAGAUUACGAGAGUGACGAACUCGCCAAAAAUGCUGCGGCAACCCGAGCUUACAUGAUCUGUCGCAACUUCUCUGUCAACGAUGGCAUGUUCCCGGGCCAUCGAGCAGGUCAAGGUGGCGUCGUCCAGGGCAUGCCGGUUGCCAUUGGGGCUGGUCGACGUAACACAGCAGUUUCCAAUGACUACGAGACUGCCAGUAGCUCAAGUGGAGACACUAGUCCGAGAAACAGCGAUUACGGCCUUGAUGCUCCCGGACGUCGCUCAAGUAAAUCGAGCACCAGUUCUACCAGUGCCUGCUACUGCGGUAGGGGAGCUGUAAGAAUGUACGAGAGAUGUAAUGGCUGCUUGAGGGACGCCGGAUAUCAAUGCUGA